GCUUCUGAGAUUAGUUAGUACACCAACACCUCAGAGAAAUCGGUCCGUGUUGUGCUGCCUUCCUCGGCUUAUGCAGAUAUGUUUUAAAAUUAUUUUAAAUCAGUGGCUUAUACUUUGAAUUGAUGUAGAAUGAGUCGAAUCAUGAUCCAGAAGUGUUUACUACUUGCAGUUUACCUGGGAUGUGCAGCAUCUACAACAAAUGGCACCUUAGAAACAUUCGCUAAUGGAGUUCCCCGGCUGGACCUUGACAGUCUGGAGAGUGGCUACCAUGGUCUGGUUAAGGAGAAUGAAACUCUUGUAGAAGUUACCCCAAGGAUCAGGGGCGUCGGGGCUGACAUCUGCAGUUUCCGGAUUGUAAAUAAACAUCAUGGAGAAGCCCCUUUUGAGAUCAUUUUGAAGGGGGAAGGAGAGGCAGAACUGAGAGCUCGCCGGGUCCUCAAUUGUGAGAAGCGGAAGAACUACAAGUUUGACAUUGCAGCUGUGUCCUGCAGUGGCGAACAAUCUGACAAUGCAACCGUCCACAUCACCGUGGUGGACAUCAAUGAGUACGCUCCUGCAUUCCUUGAGCCGUCAUACGUCAGGCAGGUGGACGAGGGGCGACUGUACCAGGAGAUACUCCGAGUGGAGGCUUCUGACAGGGACUGUACUCCCAAGUUUGGUGACAUCUGCAAAUAUGAAAUCCUCACCAGUGACCAGCCAUUUGUGAUUGACAAUGAAGGAGCUAUCCGCAACACUGAGCCGCUAGACUAUGAACGCAGCCACAACCACAUUCUCUCAGUGGUCGCUUACGACUGCGGCAUGAAACAGUCCGUCCCUGUCAUGGUUACUGUCAAAGUCAACCGGAUAUGCAAACUCGGCUGGAAAGGUAUCCCUGAGAGGGUAGAUUACGCCCCCGGCUCUGGCAGGGAAGAUCUGUUCCCCACUGCGCAGCUCAAGUUGUGUGACGUCCCUUGCAAUGUUCACUCCGUCCAAACCAAACUGACACUGGCCACGUCACACAUCGGCAAGGGCUGCGAUCGCGACACUUACUCCGUCCAGAGCCAGCGCAAACUGUGUGGAGCCAGCAGUGAGAGCGUAGACCUGCUGCCGACCCCAGGCUCCGGCCCGGAGUGGACCAAGUCUCUAGCUACAGACGAGGGACAUGAGAGUGAUCAGAUGUUUGAGUUUGACGGCUCUACCUCCGCAGCCAUCCCUACCGAGGUGCUGGACCACGGGCUGGCUCGCACAUUCACACUGUCCACCUGGCUCAAGCACAAGGCACACGCUGACCAGGACAAGCACACAAAGGAGCACAUCCUCUGCAGCGCUGACGAUCACAAAAUGAACCGCCACCACUAUGCCUGGUUCGUCCGUAACUGCAGACUGAUUCUAUUGCUGAGGAGAGACUUCUCUGAAGGUGAUCUGAACAUCUUCCGACCGGCAGAGUGGAGGUGGAAGCUUCCUCAGGUAUGUGACAAUGAGUGGCAUCACUACGCUGUCCUCGUCAGGUUCCCGGAGGUGCAGUUGUAUGUAGACGGAACUCUGUUCAAGAAUGAGAAGAAGAACCCUGAGAUCAUUGAUGAUUGGCCUCUGCACCCCACUAAGGGAAUCAACACCACUCUUACUGUGGGAGCUUGCUGGCAGGGAUCAGAGAACAAGAUGAAGCACCAUCUGCAGGGCUAUCUGGCUGGACUGUCAGUGUUGUUGAACAAGCUAGAGAAGCCUGCAGUGCUGACCUGUCUACACAAGUGUAAGGAGAGUCUGGAGGUGCCAGCCAUGGAGUUGCUGGAGCCCGGCAUGGAGCUGCUUACCAACAGUGAUUUGACGGAACUGAGUAUCGAGGGAGACAACAAGACCAACCUGGAGGUUCUGGUGAGGAAGAUCGGUUACAGCAACUCCCGAGAGUUCCCGACACCCGGUCGCCGUAACCUACAUCUCUCCACCACCGUAAUGUGUGACCGUGGCCGUCCCAUCAAGGUUCCUCCAGUAGAAAGCUACAUCAUGGUCCUACAGCCACAGCAGCCCAGCAUAGAGAUCAACGGAACCAGCAACCUGGCCCGGGACUACCAGGACUUCCGCAACGGAGUACGAGUGUUCACUGACCUGCACAUCACCGUCCAGCCUACUGGCAAGAUGUGGAAACAUGGAGAGCCAAUGAGUGUGAUAGAGAAGAAGCUGGACUCUUGUAUUGUGUCGGUGUAUCCCUCAUUGAACCCUGACCAUGAAACAUUGACUCUGCCAGAGAACAUGUUGACACAGUUCGGCAUCACAGCCAAGAUCAGCAAAGACGGAGCUACUGUGUCUGGCAGCGACAUCAUAUACAACUACGAAGAGGUCUUGCGUCAGAUACAAUACACCAAUCGCAAGCCGGCUUACUACCUCAACAGGGUCUUCAAACUGAUCUGUUCAGAGAUGAAUGGACGAUUCCUCAGCAAUGAGUAUGUCCAGACUCUGACUGUGAUCCACCCAAGAGUGCCCACACCCAAGGCUGCGUCUGUCGCCCCGUCCACUGAACCGGCUGCCCACAGUCUGGUAGUGGGAGUUGACAAGCAGGUUCCAGCUCAUCUGAUGUUGAGUCAGCAACACGUCAAGUCUCCUGUGCACACCAUCGUCGACCACUACCUGGACGCCAAACUGGGCGACUCAGCUCAGGCUGUUGUUGCACCAUCAAGCCACGCUGUGACCAUAAUUAUUGUGGUAUGUGUCGGGUUUCUGCUGUUCAUGAUUGUGCUGGGAGUUGUACGCAUCAGAGCUGCUCAUCACCGAGCCACGCAGGAGGAGAUACAGGACACUGAGAUGGCUUGGGACGACUCGGCACUUACAAUCACUGUCAACCCAAUGGAGCAACUAGAGAGCCCUCGUGGCGGCAAGCCUGGCUCUCAUGGUCAGUCCCACAUUGCACCUGACGACGAUGAAUCAUCUGACGACAACUCGAGUUACCAUGACGACGACCUUGACUCCACCGAUGAAGAAGAAGAAAGUCCAGCUGUGAGCAAAGUAAAGGAUCUAGAAUGGGACAACUCUACCCUCGCCAUCUAAACCCUUAGUUGCUACUACACCCCGUCUCGUCAGUCGUUGUACUUGGGUUUUUGUUGUUAUUGGCUGGUGCUUAGACUAAAACCUGGACAGACACGAUCAACAAAAUUACUACUUAAUCUGUACAUAUUAUACAAAUAGUAGGUAUUUCCUUUUUUUCUUAAUUAUUGUAAUACAGGGUGACGCCGGAAAUUGAGAAUAUCGUCCUUUAAGUAUAUUGUGAAAUAUAUUUAGGUCCUUUAUCCUUAUUUAUUUGCAUUUAUUGUUUUUAACAAAGUAUCAAACAGUAUUAUUUAAGGUAUGAACAUUACCUUAUUAUUGAUAUUAUUUUAUUUGUUUAACGUUACGAAUUUAUCUGUAUGAAAAUGUGUAAAUUACUUAUAAAUUCAGAAUGGUAGAACUAUGGCGGAAUAUGAUUCUAUAUGUACAAGCAUUUACAUAAAAACCUUAAGCAGCUGAUUCUACGAUAGUGAAAUCUUUAUUGUAAAGGAAUUCUUGCCAGUAAGCUAAUUGUAAGUCGAAUAAAAAUAAAAUA